AUGGACAACGCGGGGAAGGAGAGAGAGGCGGUGCAGCUGAUGGCCGAAGCCGAGAAGCGAGUCAAGGCCUCUCACUCCUUCCUCCGAGGGCUGUUUGGAGGAAACACAAGAAUAGAAGAGGCUUGUGAAAUGUAUACCAGAGCUGCGAACAUGUUCAAGAUGGCCAAGAACUGGAGUGCUGCAGGAAAUGCAUUCUGUCAGGCCGCCAAGCUCCACAUGCAGCUGCAGAGCAAACACGACUCAGCCACCAGCUUUGUGGAUGCCGGGAACGCCUACAAGAAGGCAGACCCCCAAGAGGCUAUCAACUGCUUAAAUGCAGCCAUCGACAUUUACACAGACAUGGGAAGGUUCACGAUUGCGGCCAAGCACCACAUCACUAUCGCAGAGAUCUACGAGACAGAGCUGGUGGACAUUGAGAAGGCUAUCGCCCAUUACGAACAAUCAGCCGAUUAUUACAAGGGGGAGGAAUCCAACAGCUCGGCUAACAAGUGUUUGCUGAAAGUGGCCGCGUACGCCGCCCAGCUGGAGCAGUACCAGAAGGCCAUCGAGAUCUUCGAGCAGAUUGGGGCCAACACCAUGGAUAACCCUCUGUUGAAGUACAGUGCAAAGGAUUACUUCUUUAAAGCCGCCCUCUGCCACUUCAUAGUGGAUGAGCUGAACGCCAAGCUUGCUCUUGAGAAAUAUGAGGAAAUGUUUCCAGCAUUCACUGACUCUAGAGAAUGCAAAUUACUGAAAAAACUUCUAGAAGCUCAUGAAGAACAGAACAGUGAAGCUUACACAGAAGCAGUGAAGGAGUUUGAUUCCAUCUCCCGCCUGGACCAGUGGCUGACCACCAUGCUGCUGCGCAUCAAGAAAUCCAUCCAGGGGGACGGGGAGGGGGACGGAGACCUCAAGUGA